UCGCGCAAGGAGCUGAAAGCUCCUCAAAAGCCACAGGGACAGAAGAAUUCAAAAAACUCGACAGCCCCGCCGCGUCGUCCUCAGAACAACCAGAGAUUUGCUACGACGUCAGGCGGGAGAAAGGAGCCGAGGAAUCAAGGAUAUUCGUCAUUCCGCCGAGACAACCACAAGAACGGGACCAACUGGAAGAACAAUCAGAAGUCCGAGCGGAGCAACAACCGGAAGCGCUAUUAGAACCAGGAACCUCAUCCGUUAUGGCAGCAGACUACCCUGGUGGCCGCAAUAUUAUCAGGAAAGCCUUCGAGAUAAGGAACGUCCCCGAGGAAUCCUUCGAGUUGAUGCUGGCCUCGCUCCGCAAUUCAUCGAUGAAGCAAUACGACGGCGCGUUGAGGAAAUGGUGGUCUUUUUGCUCAGACAGGAACGUCAGCCCUUUCGAUAAUUCGAUUGAAAACGUGUUACUAUUACUAACCAACGAAUAUAACAAGGGAUCAUCUUACGGAUCCUUAAAUUGUUUAAGAUCGGCGUUAGCCUUAGUUUUGGGACCUCACGUGGGGCAAGACCCUACAGUAAAAAGACUGUUUAAGGGAGUGUCUGAGUUGCGUCCUCCGAAACCCAAGUACGACGAAACGUGGGACCCUAAGAUUGUCCUGGAUUAUGCGGCCAGUCUAAUGCCUAACGAAGAGAUCUCGCUCAAAAACCUCUCGCUAAAAGUUGUCACCCUACUCGCACUAGUCACGGGUCAACGAAUGCAGACUCUUUCAUUAAUUAAGAUACCGAAUAUUCAGAACCUGGGUGAAAAGAUACAGAUUAAAGUUCCGGAUGAAGUAAAGACUUCGGGGCCCAACAGCAGACAACCUUUGCUAAAUGUACCAUUCUACGAGAAAGAUAAUAGUAUAUGCGCUGCAACAGCUUUGGUGGCAUAUCUUAAGCGGACACAGGAUCUCAGGGGCGCCGAACAAGCAUUAUUUGUUUCAAUCAAGAAACCAUACGGGGCGGUUUCAGCCCAGACUUUGAGUCGGUGAGUUAAAAGUAUGUUAGAACAGAGUGGCGUGGACACAAAUAUUUUUUCGGCGCAUAGCAAUCGACAUGCUUCGACGUCGGCGGCGGAUAAGAAAGGAGUAAAUAUAGACUGCAUAAGGAAAGCGGCAGGUUGGACCUCAGCGAGAUUCUAUAACUUACCUGUGUGUAACGAUAAGGACGCUUUUGCCAAAGCAGUUUUAGAUAAAUAAGAAGUUUUCAUUUGUUCGAGUAGCUAUUUUGUUAUGGUUGUAGUUGUACUACACUUUUGGGUUGUUUGUUACUUGAGAAUAUAUUCAUUUUCAACAAUUCACCGUG